GCUUUGAAUCGUGCCUCUGUUCGCAGGGAUUAGAGCAUGAAUGGGAGCAGCUUCCCGGCCGCGAUGGAGACAGAAGGCGGCUCCGGCUGCGCUCACAAGGUUUCCUCCCACCUGAGUCCCUGAGGUUCCUGCUGGCAUCUCCAGCAGUGCCCUGCAGAGGUUCCCUCCUGCUCCUGGCUCCGAGGCCCCUCCAAACCUGCUUCUGCAAUGGGUGGGUUGUAAGCACUGGUAAUGAGGAGCUGUGGGCCCAGUCAGUCUUGGAGAUGCCGAAGAGACGAGACAUCCUGGCUAUCGUGCUGAUAGUUCUGCCCUGGACACUGCUAAUCACCGUGUGGCACCAGAGCACCAUUGCUCCUCUGCUUGCAGUGCACAAGGAUGAUGGUGGUGACUCCCAGCGUGAUCUCGCUGCAGGCUUGGACUCCAAGGAAUACUGCCUGUCGGACCGGGACAUAGUGGAGGUGGUGAGGACAGAGUACGUUUACACGCGCCCACCCCCGUGGUCGGACACGCUGCCCACCAUCCACGUGGUCACCCCCACCUACAGCCGGCCCGUGCAGAAGGCAGAGCUGACCAGGCUGGCCAACACGCUGCUGCACGUGCCCAACCUGCACUGGAUCCUGGUGGAGGACUCGCAGCGCCGCACGCCGCUCAUCACCCGCCUGCUGCGGGACACGGGGCUCAACUACACCCACCUGAACGUGGAGACCCCCCGCAACUACAAACUGCGCGGGGACAUGCGGGACCCCCGCAUCCCCCGCGGCACCAUGCAGAGGAACCUGGCCCUCAGGUGGCUCAGAGAGACCUUUCACAAAAACUACAGCCAGCCCGGGAUUGUUUACUUUGCUGAUGAUGAUAACACCUACAGCCUGGAGCUCUUUGAGGAGAUUUUAGUGUGGCACACAAGGACAGAGAAGCCUGUGCUGGUGAACGAGGGCAAGAAAGGAUUCACAGAUCCCAAUGUGGAAAUCUGAGUGUGCAUGGCUGAGCAGAGACCAACUGCAGAAGAUUUCUUCCUGCACAGCCUGCCAGGUUCCUCUCCACAGCACCCACCCAGCCAGCCAGGCGGGAGCCAGGAGCUCUGCUGACUCCCACGAGUUUGAGCCUUCAGAAAAACCAAGCACCACUGCAUACAUGACGUCCCCGGAUCCCCUGCCCCUCCUCCCGGGCUCCGGAGGUGGAGAACAAAGCACAGCAAGGCAGGACUGGCAGCUGCCGGCCCCAGGCUCGGCUGCAACGUGAGCAGGGCUGUGCCAGCACCUGGCUGAGGGGGAGAGCCACAGCAGUGGCCCCUGGGGACUGGUUUUGCUGAGCAACACGAACUUUGUGGCCGUGUGUGAGACAGCCUGAGCAGCUCUCUGGCCGUGGAGGGGACAGCUGCCUUCCUAGAUGGCACCUUAGCCCUUAAUUUUAAACCUCCUUUAAUCAGUGUUUGUUACGCUGCACAAGAGGGGAAGGGUUUGGGGAGGGGGGAAACGAGGCAGGUUAGAACAAACCCUUGAAGCAUCACUGUUCUCUGAUUCCCUCUCCUUUUCCUUCCUCAAACAGUUUGGGGGGCACCCUGAUGUUCCUGUGUGUGGUCAUGGAAUCAUGGAAGGGACUUUAAAAGUCCUCUGGUCCAAGGCUGCUCCUUCACCUGGACCAGGUUGCUCCUGGCCUGGAACAUUCCAGGGAUGGGGCAUCCCCACCCCUCUGGGCACCUGUGCCAGUGUGGCACCACCCUCACUGUAAAAAAUGUCCUUAUUAUCCUCUUUGAGUUUAAAACCAUCAACCCCUGUCCUAGCCCUGCUAAAAGGUUUGUCCCAAAGUGGGACAGGAUCAGGGAGCUGCUGAUCACCACCAGUUCACCACUGAUCCUGGAGUCUCCAGCAUGUGGGUCUCUAAAAAUGCUAAAGUAAUUGCAAAUUGGGUUUAAUGAGAUUGUGGGGGCCAUGCACCAUAAUAUUCAUCCAGAUCUGGGUCCUGUUUGGUCUGAAUCUGGUUCCCAUUAGGAUUCUUUCAAGGGUGCUCCUAUAUAAAGGUAAAUUUCCACUCUUAAAAAAUAAAACUGCUUCAAAGUAGAGAUUAAACACUAAAAGGUGAAUUUAGUGCAUUUCCCAUUUGACUGGAGAGUAUCCUCCAGCUCCUCCUUCUGCUACUGCAGAGCUGGUGUGAAAAGGCACCUGGAGCAGUUCCCAGGCCCCUCUGAUGGAGCAGCACCCUUGGGAAGGGGAUCCUGGCUCAGGGCUCUGCUCAUUCACCAUCUGCUGGUGCUGCCACCAGGGUGACUCUGUUUGAGACUGCCAAACUUGCUGAGAUAAAUCUGAGGUACAACAGUCCCCUUCUCCCCAGCCAAAACCCAUAAAUUCCCUCCUCCUCCUCCAUAACUGUUGUCAAACCUUUGUCACCACCCCUCCCUGCCGCUGUCCCAAUUCCUUCAAAAAUUCUGAAGCACAAUUUUACCUUUGAACUGAGGGAAAAAUGUAAUCCUGCAAUAGACUUGGUUAUUUUUAGCCCUAACACAUAGAACUAUUAAAAUGCUCUGGGUUUGAUUGUUGGCUUCACGGUGCAGAAGUCUCCCCUUGGACUAAUGACAUUGUGUAUUUCCUGAUAUUUCAAAGGAAAAAUAUUUUUUGUAAGUUAUUUUCUCCCACUGUAUAUCAGAACCUUUGGGGAAAAGUCUCAUUCUUUAGCUCCCAGCCGCAGAAGCCUUUACAAAAAUGUUCCUUUUAGAUGCAAUGGCUGAAGCACCACUUGGAAAGAAAGUGUUGGAUGCUGCUGGCUGCUCUGUGGGAACAGGUAUUGUUACCUUGGAUUAAAACUCUGCACUCAAGUAGAUUUAUUCUCUUACUGUACUGGCCUUCCAAGCUCCCUUCAGUCUGCAAACCCUCCAGUGGAAAGAGACAUUUCUCAAGGACUACCAAGUUCUCAUAGCAUUGAAAUAGUUUCCAGCUGAUGUCCUCUCCGAGCUGCAUGUUUUGGUUCACUGAUCUGAAUUCCAGUCCCUGCCGGGUUCCAACUUUCCCUCCUUGGAAGGAAACAUUAACUUGCAGAAAAAUGCAAAGGAUGGAGUGCUGAACACAGCCCUGCACAUUUGCUCUGCCCACAGGAGCCCUCUCAGCUGUCCCAGAGCUGCUGUGGCCCUGGGGAGCAGAGACAGACCUGGCCAGGAUGGAGUGUGUUCCAGCUGCACUGUCUGUUCUCAGUUUUAAACAAACUGUAUUUAAAUUUGUUAAAUAAAAUGAUGGUUUCUAAGA